CGCCAAGUUUCCAUUUCCAUGAACAAACAUAACCACAAAAUUGUCAAAAACCGUGGGGAAGUAUGUCCGACGAAAAUCUAAGAGAAGUUGUAAAUGGUGCAAUGUUACCACAAUAUAAUGGAAAAAGGGUGAGCAUUACUGGUCUCGUGACAAAAGUGAAUCCCAACGGUAUCACCUUUGAUAUUAGAGCCACCGAUGAUUCUAUAGUGAAGGUGAACCUUCGAAAACCUCAUAGCGGUAAUUUAGAAGGGCAUGUGGAGGUUCACGGUACGGCAGUAUCCGGAUCUACAGUUAUAUGCGAUGAGCUUAUUGAAUAUCCGUCCGAAGCAUCGGAUGACUUUGAUGCUACCAGCCACAAUACGCUAUGCCAGUUACUACAAUCUGUUCCGAAUCUGUGGAAAACUACAGCCUAAUGCUUUACUGUGUAAUUUAAUAAAAAUGUGAUCAUAAAAAACCUGUGCUUACUUAAUUCUUUAUAGAACAAUAAAUUUAAAAAGGAAUCUUAAAAA